AUGGCAGCAGGAGCCGCAAUUUCGUCAGCACGCAUAAGCAACCCGACAAGCAUCGCCCCCCUGCUGCGCUCCCCGCUCGCACCCCCUUCGGCUCUCUCCUUCCCCCGGCGUCCGGCCCGAGAGCCCCGGCUCCGCACGGCUCGCCGCCCCGAGUCCUCCCUCCAUGACCCGGCCGGCGAGCCGACGGAGGACCUGGACGACGACGACGGGUUCUUCGGAGGCGACGGCGGGCCGAUGAUGGAGGACGAGAGCGACGGCGAAGAGGACGCGGAGAGCAGCGUCGAUUUGCUCCUCAGGUUCUUGCAGAGCAUGUUCAGGAAGGUGGCCCGGCGAGCCAAGAAGGGCUCUCGCUCCGUUCUGCCCGACGCGAUACCGCCGCAGCUGGUGAAUUCUCUUUCUCAAUCUGCUUUGGCUUUCGGUGCUUAUGCAGGGUCGGGAGGAGGCGAAACUGAGAAUUGUUCAUGUCCUGUUUGA